AUUACGUCAACCGUAAAAAUCAAUUUAAACAUGUAACGUUGUGAGAAUGCAGAAUCCUUCAGUCGAUAAAGAACACAAAGUAGAGUUGAAAAUGGCCUCACGACAUCACAUGAUACAGCUAGUGGUAGAAGAUUCUGGGGACAUGAUGAUGUCAAUGCCCCCCGCCAAGGCGGCCACACUGUCUUAUACAGAGGUGGAGGCCCAACUGAGGACAAAUAUCGACACAGGAUUGAGUAAGGCAGAGGCCAGUAGGAGGCAGGCAUUCUAUGGGACCAAUGAUUUCCAGAUCACCACUGAGGAGCCACUCUGGAAGAAAUACCUCGGUCAGUUCAAGGAUCCAAUGAUUUUGUUGCUGUUGGCCUCUGCAUUUGUCAGCAUUUUAAUGAAACAGUUUGAUGAUGCAGUUAGCAUCACUGUGGCAAUCAUAAUUGUGGUCACAGUUGCAUUUGUGCAGGAAUACAGAUCAGAGAAAUCUCUAGAAGCUUUAACUAAACUGGUUCCUCCCAUGUGUCAUUGUUUAAGGGAUGGAAAGCUGGAGACAUUUCUAGCCCGGGACCUGGUAGCAGGAGAUAUUGUCUAUUUGUCUGUUGGGGACAAAGUUCCAGCAGAUAUUCGUUUGUUUGAGGCCAAAGACUUAGCUGUGGACGAGUCUAGCUUUACUGGAGAACCAAUGCCAAAGAGUAAAAAUACUAACCCCCUCCCUGAGAAGGAGAGGUCGGGGGUCUCCGGAAUGACAUGUGUGGCCUUCAUGGGGACACUAGUCAGGAAUGGCAAGGGUAAAGGCAUUGUCAUAGAGACAGGAACAAACUCACAGUUUGGAGAACUUUUCAAGAUGAUGCAAGAGGAAGAGGCUCCUAAGACUCCAUUACAGAAGAGUAUGGAUACUCUGGGGAAGCAACUCUCAUUCUAUUCCUUCUGUAUUAUUGGUGUCAUCAUGCUUCUGGGGUGGAUCCAAGGGAGAGGACUACUAGACAUGUUUACCAUAGGAGUCAGUUUGGCAGUAGCUGCCAUUCCCGAGGGACUCCCUAUUGUUGUCACGGUAACCCUAGCCCUAGGGGUGAUGAGAAUGGCCUCACAAAAAGCCAUAGUUAAAAAAUUACCCAUUGUAGAAACUUUAGGUUGUGCCUCAGUUAUAUGUUCCGACAAAACAGGGACUUUGACAAAGAAUGAAAUGACUGCCACACGAAUCCAUGCUGCUGAUGGACUAUAUGCUGAGGUGACAGGAGUGGGGUACAAUGCUACAGGAACCAUCCUCUGUCAGCAUGAGGAAGUGACUGACAACUCUCACCCCUCCCUUUCAAAGGUUGUAGAGGUCGGAUGCAUAUGUAAUGAUGCUGACCUUUGUCAGGAUGGACUGCAUGGCCAGCCCACUGAUGGAGCUUUGUUAGCAUUGGCAUGGAAGAUGAAUUUGCACCAUGUAAGAGAGAUGUAUACUAGAAUAGAAGAGUGGCCAUUUAAUUCUGAUACAAAGUAUAUGGCAGUGAAGUGUACCCCAGGAUAUGGAGAAAAUAAGGAGAUGAUCUACUUUGUGAAGGGAGCCCUAGAGAAAGUAUUGGCCAACUGUUCUCGCUAUUAUAACCAAGGCAACACCUCUACACUGACAGAAAAGGCCAAACAGGAGUUUUAUCAUGACGCGCGUCUGAUGGGACGAGCUGGACUCCGAGUCAUAGGUUUAGCCUAUGGGCCUGAGAUGAACAACCUUGUGUACGUGGGGAUGGUAGGAAUUUGUGAUCCUCCCAGAGAGGGGGUCAAGGAGGCAAUCACAACCUUAAUGGGAGGAGGGGUGUCAGUGAAAAUGUUGACAGGUGAUUCAGAGGAAACUGCCAAAGCUAUAGGUAGUCGCCUUGGUUUAUUUUCUACGGGAGGAAGGGCUCUGUCAGGUGAACAAAUAGAGCAAGCAGAUGAUGAACAUCUAUGUCAGAUUAUUCAUGGUGUCACAAUAUUCUACAGAACAACGCCAAAACACAAACUUAAAAUUGUCAAGGCUCUACAAAGUAAUGGUCAUGUGGUUGGAAUGACAGGAGAUGGAGUAAAUGAUGCAGUCGCGCUCAAAAGUGCUGACAUAGGAAUUUCUAUGGGCAUUACGGGUACAGAUGUCAGCAAGGAGGCUGCUGAUAUGAUUCUAGUGGAUGACAACUUUACAGUUAUUCUAUCUGCUAUAGAAGAAGGAAAAGGCAUAUUCUACAAUAUUAGGAAUUUUGUUAGAUUUCAACUCAGCACGAGUAUAGCUGCAUUAACAUUAAUAACUCUUUCUACUGUGAUGAAAUUACCAAAUCCCUUAAAUGCCAUGCAGAUUUUAUGGAUAAAUAUCAUCAUGGACGGUCCACCUGCUCAGAGUCUGGGUGUUGAGCCAGUGGACCAUGAUGUAAUUAGAAAACCUCCUAGAAAGGUCAAGGACCCUAUCAUAACCUUUGACCUCAUUAUUAAUAUCAUAAUCUCAGCUGCCCUCAUUGUAUCGGGUACACUUUGGGUGUUCUGGCGAGAGAUGAGUGACAACAAAAUCACUCCUCGAGACACCACCAUGACAUUCACAUGUUUUGUAUUUUUUGACAUGUUUAAUGCUCUUAGCUGCCGCUCGGCAGAAAAAUCAAUAUUUCAAGUUGGAUUUUUUAACAACAAGAUGUUUUUAUUGGCCGUGGGGGGCUCUCUGAUUGGUCAGCUCCUGGUGAUAUACUUCCCUCUACUCCAAGCCGUGUUUCAAACAGAGUCCCUUUAUUUAUCAGACUUGGUCUUUUUGGUAUUAUUAACAUCAUCAGUUUUUGUGGUGUCAGAAAUAAGAAAGUUUGUGAGGACUUUACGUGAGAAGAGGAAGAAAGGACUUGGGAAACAGUAUUACAGCGAUAACAGUGUCUGAUUCCCAGAAAUGUUGUUAACCAGACAUAUCUCUUUUUUAAUGUGUGAUUAUUAUCUAUAGCCAUGUGAUAGUCUUGUUGUGGGAGCUAUGUUGUUCACAACAGAUUUUAAAUGUUUUAGUGAAAUUUGAGCAGGAAAUGACAGUUUUGAUUCUUUUUUUUAAUUUUAUUAAACUGACACAAGACAUCCAGUGUUAAAUUUUGUAGAUGUUACAGAAUUGCACAAUAAUUGUACCUACAGUAUCUAGUACAUAUAUUUACACAAAAAGAUUUACAAAAGAACAAAAUAUCCUUCAAAUCAACAUGAAUACAUUUUGUAAUUUCACUGCCUUUAGAAAUUAGACAAUAAUCAAAAAUCAGUGUAGGCUUGCAAUACUUUUGUCAAAUAUCAUUCUGUGUUCAAACUAAUUUCUUUUGAAAUUUAACUUUUUUUUAAGGUAUCCAUGUUUUUCUAUGUAUUUAGAUAUAGAUGGAUUUAACAGUGUUUUCUGUAUGAUCAGAUUAAGAUUCAAAAGUGCCACUGCUGUUUUUUAUAUCGAAUUUUGUUACAAAAAUAGACAAUACAUGUAAUGUGAUUGCAUGAAUUUGAGG